AAAUAAAGUUAAACAAACAAAAAACACACUUUGUGCAUUUUUUGCAGAAUGGAGAGUAGAAAUGAGCACCUUAACAACAACAACCACCACCACCAUCAAUACAACCACAACCAAAGUCUCGACACCCGUACCGCCUUUUCGUGCCGCCCUCGGCCACUACCGAUGUCGGAAAAGUUUUCUCUCGACCAAUCGUAUCCAUAUCAAUCGUCGCGCUAUUCCUCUACCACGUGUUAUAAAUGAUCAAAGUAAGACAGAGGUUGAAAAGGCAGAGGCAGAUAAAAUAGUGGAUGGGAUGGAAUUUGAGGAGCUAUGCAAUGAGUUUGAGUGCAAAAGUAGUCCAUCUGUUGAAUCCACUGCUAGACAACUUGUACGUGAUAUCUUAGAGCUUAGGGAAGGUAACCGUGCACUUGGUACUUUUGCCGUUUCUGUCAAAUACAAGGAUCCAAUUAGAAGCUUCACAGGACGAGAAAAGUACAAAAGACCACUUUGGAUAACUGAUGCACUUGAUAAUCCUAGAGUGACAGUGCAAGAGAUGACGAUGUUGUCAACAAGUGUGCUUAUCAUCAAAUGGACACUUAAAGGGAAGCCAAAGUCAAUAUUAGCUACCAUAAGUGGAGAUUUGAUUGUUAAGGUGAAUUCUAAGUUCACCUUAAACCAGAUUAGUGGCCAAGUAAUCGAGCACGAGGAGUCGUGGGAUUUAUCUGCAUCAUCACCGGUAGCUCAAGCAUACUUCGGGGCGUCACGCCGCCUCUUCGCAGCGAAAGAAACCGGCAAAGAUGUGGUGGAUUCUGUGAAGAAACUUGGUGGCAAGAUUUCUACCCCAAAGGAAAACAUUGAGAUAUAUCCUGACCCUUCCGGCGAUCCAAUGAAGUUCUUUCAAAGAGACGACUCCGAACAAAGGGACUUGUACCAGAUUGCGUUAUUCCUCGCACUUGUUUACUUCGUUGUACAAUACUUGAGAACGACUUUGUAAAACAUCGAAUGCUCAAAACUGAUCUUAUGUAUGUAUUUUCUUUUUUCUUUCCUCCUAGUAAAGAAAAUGUAGUAUAUUUAAAAUAAAUAUCACAAAUUCUUAUUCA